UGGGCUUUAUCUUCAUGAGCGUUUUGCUUCCUGUCGCUCACGAGUCGCUCGUGGUUGUGCACUAACAUAUUUUCCUAUUUAUUGCCGUAUUUAUUAAUUUAUGGUAACGAUGAACGUCUCAACGAACCAGGGCAACCCAAACGCGUUAAAACUAAUCAUCGCGGCUAAAUUAGCCCAAGAACUUGUCACCGUUAAAAUCGUGGAGCCCAAAGACGCUUUCCUAGGACGCUUGCCGACGUUAACUACGCCGUCAGGAUUAUCCUUAUUCAGUGUCUCCUCGGCGUUACGCUUGCUGUUGCCUGUAGCCGCUGAAUUAGAGAUUCUUAAUAAUAAGUGGUUGGAAUGGGAAAUUUCUCAAUUACAGCCAGCAAUAUUAAGUUAUGCAAGUGGAAAAACUUCAUCCAAGGACUUAUUGUCUUUGUUCAAAGAUCUCAAUAGUGAAUUAAAAAAUAAGCAGUACUUAAUCGAGACAAGUAGUUAUUUAUCACCAGCAGAUAUUUCUAUUUGGGUUAGCUUGUGGAGUACUCUAUUAUUUGCAGAAUGCAAAGAUAUUUCAGCACAGUUGCUAAAUAUCGUUCACUGGCUGACUAACAUGGAGCAGCAACCAGUUAUUCAGGAAUCUAUUAAAGAAUUUGACUUGGUGAGAGGUGCAAAAGCAAUUGCAAGCAUAGAAGCUGCUUCAUGGUUUCCUGUCAAUGCAGUUACAAAUGCCCAAGUUCGUCAAGAGUCAUUAUUAAGUGACAUUAGUCCUACCAAGGAAAAGGAGAUGGAAACUGUUAGUCAAGAAGAAGUACGCAGUGUGAUGAAUAUUUGGUUCACUCGACGAUAUCCAGAAGUCAAGGAAAGUUCAUACCCAAUACUGCCCAAGAAAGGCGAGAGGAAUGUAUUAGUGACAUCGGCUCUUCCUUAUGUAAAUAAUGUUCCUCAUUUGGGGAAUAUCAUCGGUUGCGUUCUCUCAGCCGACAUCUUUGCAAGAUAUUGCAGACAAAGGAAUUACAACACCCUCUACAUAAGCGGCACCGACGAGUACGGCACUGCGACCGAAGCGAAAGCCCUGCAAGAGAAAACUACUCCUCAAAUUAUCUGCGACAAGUUCUUCGAUAUACACAACGAUGUUUAUCGCUGGUUCGGCAUUGGAUUCGACUAUUUCGGACGCACCACUACGCCCGAGCAGACGGAAAUUGUUCAAUCGUUUUUCCUGAAGAUCAAGUCGCAAGGGUACAUAUUGAACGAGAGCGUGGAGCAGUUGCACUGCGAAUUCUGCGAUCGAUUUCUCGCCGAUAGAUUCGUGGAGGGCACGUGUCCCAGGUGCAAGUACGAGGACGCGCGUGGUGAUCAGUGCGACGGCUGCAGUCAUCUGGUGAACGCGGUCGAAUUGAUCGAGCCACGAUGCAAGAUGUGCAACACCAAACCCGUCGUUAGGAAUUCAGUACAAUUCUUCCUGGAUUUGCCUAAGUUGGAAGAUAAACUGAAACAAUGGUCUGCGACGGUGAACCAAGGAUGGUCCAGCGUCGCGAAAGUCGUCUCGAAGUCGUGGUUACGCGACGGCCUUAAGCCGCGCUGCAUAACCAGAGACCUGAAGUGGGGUAUACCGGUGCCCGUAAACGGGUUCGAAAAUAAAGUGUUUUACGUCUGGUUUGACGCCCCUUUCGGAUAUGUCAGUAUUACUAAGAGGUAUACCAAAGAAUAUGAGAAAUGGUGGAAACCUCAGGAUACGAAAGUCGAUUUGUGCCAGUUUAUGGCGAAGGAUAACGUUCCAUUCCACGCGAUAAUGUUCCCCGCUUGCUUGCUAGCGGCUAAUCAAAAUAAUACGAUGAUCAAGUAUUUAAUGGCAACUGAGUAUCUAAAUUACGAGGAUAAAAAGUUUUCCAAAUCUAGAGGCAUCGGAGUAUUUGGAACCGAUGCAAGAGAUACUGGAAUCCCAGCGGACGUGUGGCGAUUCUAUUUAGCCUAUAUUAGACCCGAAACUCAAGAUUCCAAUUUCAAUUGGAUAGAUCUGGCCACGAAGAACAAUAGCGAGCUACUGAAUAAUCUUGGCAAUUUCGUCAAUAGAGCUCUGAUGUUCUCCGAGAAAUUCUUCGACUCCAAUGUGCCGCCGAUGAAGCUAGAAGAGGCCGAUUGGAUUGUGUUGGCGUUGGCACAACGCGAACUGUCGUCCUACAUAAGCGCCAUGGAGCAAGCCAAGUUGAGAGACGGCCUGAAGUACAUACUGGCGAUCUCGAAGCAUGGCAAUCAGUAUAUGCAGUUCCAGCAACCGUGGGUGAAAAUCAAGGGCACCGACGACGACAAGAAUAGAGCCGGAACCGUUGUUGCAAUUUGCUGCAAUCUAGCAUGUCUUCUGUCGGCUCUGCUGGCUCCUUUCAUGCCCACCACCGCUAAGCAAUUGAGAUCUCAGUUGGGCUUGAGCAACAAGAGCUACGGUUAUAUCCCCGAGACGAUAACGAACAUGUUGCCCACUUGGCACAAAAUUGGCAAGCCCAGCCCGUUGUUCACGAAAAUCGAAGAACAGCAGGUGGAGAUGUUACGGAAGAAAUACGCCGGACAGCAGGAGAUCAACGGGCGUACAGCGGCAACGAAUGUGGCCUCCGACGAAAGUGUCGAUUCUCUUGAAACUGCCAUCAUGGUGCAAGGUAAUCUGGUUAGAGAGCUGAAAGCGAAGCACGAGAAGAGCGUUUGGCAGCCUCAGGUGGAGAUCCUGUUGAGCUUGAAGAAGAAGCUUGCCGAUUUGAAGGUCAGCGCGCCGAAGGCGCCUGAAAAAAACUCACCCGUGAAGAAUAAGAAGGUCGAGACAAACGUGAAUAAGCAGCAUGCACGCCUCUACGAACAAAAAAUUAGCGACCUCAAGGCCUUGCACUCUGCCAUUAAUGAAAGGAGACUAAAAGAAUCGAAGAAGGAUGCUGUCGGGAAUGCUGCGACGGACGUGGCGACGUUGGAAUCGGCUAUCGCGAAACAGAGCAAUCUCGUGCGAGAGUUAAAGGCUAAGGGAGACGCGAACGUGUGGGAGCCGCAAGUGGAGAUGUUAUUGAAACUGAAGGAACAGCUGAUGGGUCUCACUGAAGCAACGCCAGUCGCCGUCGAUAAGAAGUCCAAGAAGAAAAAGUAAUUUAUCGCCUCUUCUCUUAGAUACUGACAAGACAAUUUCGGCUAGAUAUG